AUGGACAGGCUGACUGAGACGCUGGACUACCUGCUCCAGGAGGUGCCCAGAGCAUUUGUAAACCUGGUGGACAUCACCAAGCUCGCAGAGGUCUUCCGCUGGCAUCAGGGGAUUCAGCCCAGCCCCACACCGGAGCCCUGCCCUUGCUCGGGGGAGACCUGGGGUCUGGCCGGGAUUUUGAAGCAGUGGUCCUACCAGGUGAGCCCCCUCGGGGAGCCUGGGCUGCUGACUCCCAUGGGUGGGGUGGCCGUGGAGGAGAACAGGAUGGACACCUGGGAACACCUCCUGGCCUCCAGCAAGUACAACAGGUGGGAGUCCUUCGCGGUGGUUUUCCAGUCUUUGUUCUUCAAGAGCGCCCAGUCGCCACCCUCCGAGGACCCCCCGCUCUGGGACCCCACCACACUCGCUGUGAGUCUCUGGAACACCAUGACCUUCCUCUACCUCAGCGUAGAGAAGGAGGCGGGAGAGUCCCUAUCUCUUCACCUACAGGAACAGCAACUACCAGACCAGAUUGCCAAAGAGCCAGCCUCAGUUCACUGGCUGAAGCCGGCUGACAUCCAGGUCAUUGGAGCCAUGGGCGACUCUCUCACAGCAGCAAAUGGCGCUGAGGCCAGGGAUCUCCCUGAAAUCGUCACUGAAUAUCGAGGCCUGUCUUGGAGACAUCCUCCGGGAAUCCAUGUGGUUAAGCAUCAGCCUGUGAACAUUUUAUUUCCAUACCGAGUGAAUGCAAAGGACAUCCUCCGGGAAUUCAACCCUUCCCUGAAGGGCUUCUCUGUUGGCACUGGAAGUGAAAACACUCCUGGAGCCUUCUUAAACCAAGCCAGGGCAGGAGCCAGAUCUGAGGAUUUAGUUACCCAGGCCAGGAGACUGGCGGACCGGAUGAGGAAUGACAACAGGAUACGUUUUCAGGAAGAUUGGAAGAUAAUAACCCUAUUUAUAGGCGGCAAUGACCUUUGUAAUUCCUGCGAUGACCCGGCCCAAUAUUCUGCCGAGAACUUCACAGAGAACAUCAAAACGGCUCUGGACCUCCUCCACGCUCAGGUUCCUCGGGUGUUUGUGAAUCUGGUGAGCGCGGUUGAGAUCGUCAAACUAAGGAAGAUAGCCAGGAACAGCACAGUGGGCUGCCUGGAGUAUAUCACCAGCUUCGUGUGUCCCUGUGUCAUAAGGUUUCCUGAUGAUGCACCAGAAAUUACCACCCUUAAGGAACUGAACAGGAACUAUCAGGUGAAGACUCAGGAGCUGGUGGAGAGUGGGCGGUACGACACAAAGGAAGAUUUCACAGUGGUCGUGCAGCCAUUCUUUGAAAACCUGGAGGUGCCAGUGACCUCGAUGGGGUUGCCUGACAGGUCCUACUUCGCUCCUGACUGCUUCCACUUCAGCAAAAAGACUCAUGGCCAUGCGGCCAGUGGCCUCUGGAGAAACAUGCUGGAACCUGUCGGCCAAAAGACAAGGCAGCAUGAUUUUCAAAGCAGGAUCAGUAUCAAGUGUCCAAAUGAGAACUGGCCGUUUCUGACAACCAACAAGAACAUGCAGGGUCAUGGUACCUGGCUGUCGUGCAAAGACAGAAGUCCCUCCAGCGUGCGCCCCACCUCAGUGCAUGCGCUGAGGCCUGCUGAUGUCCAAGUUGUGGCUGCUCUGGGGGAUUCUCUGACCGCUGGCAAUGGAAUCGGCUCCAGACCAAACAACAUGCAAGAUGUCCUCAUUCAGUAUCGGGGACUGUCAUACAGUUCAGGAGGGGACGGCACCCUGUUUAAUGUGACCACCUUACCUAAUAUCCUUCGGGAGUUCAACGGAAACCUCACAGGCUACGCGGUGGGCACAGGUGAAGCUAGCAGCACGAACGCAUUCCUCAAUCAAGCUGUUCCUGGAGCAGUGGCUAGACAACUUACUCACCAAGUCGAGACUCUGGUGCAGAAGAUGAAAACUGACCCUAGAGUGGAUUUCCACCAAGACUGGAAGGUCAUCACGGUGAUGAUUGGAGGCGGCGAUUUAUGUGAACACUGCACGGAUUUGAAUCUGUAUUCUGCAGACAACUUCAUGUCACAUCUCAGCAAGGCCUUGGACAUCCUGCAUAAAGAGGUGCCCAGAGCCCUGGUCAACCUAGUGGACUUUAUGAAUCCCAGUAUCAUGCGGCAAGUGUUCCUGGGAAAUGCAGACAAGUGCCCACAGCAGCUGGCCAGCACGUUGUGUAACUGUGUUCUGACCCCGCGAGCGAACUCCCCAGAGCUGGCCAGGAUGGAGGCCCUCAGCCAAGACUACCAGAACAACAUGCGCAAGCUAGUGGACACGGGCCGCUAUGGAACUCGGGAGGACUUCUCGGUGGUGCUGCAGCCCUUCUUCCAGAAACUCCGGAUACCCACCCGGGCGAAUGGGCACCCAGAUACGUCCUUCUUCGCCCCAGACUGCAUCCACCUGAGUCAGAAAUUCCACUCCCAGCUCUCCAGAGCCCUUUGGGUCAAUAUGCUUCAACCACUGGGAAGGAAAACGGACACCUUGGACCUGUCUGCAAAUAUCCCCCUCACCUGCCCCACUCAGAAUGAACCCUUCCUGAGAACCAGCAGGAACAGUAACCACACAUACGCCUCCGGCCAGGGGUGGGGCACUGACUUCCAGUGUAAGAAGGGGAAUCCUUCCAAUCCUGUUCCCACCUCAGUCCACAAGCUCCAACCAGCAGACAUCAAAGUUGUGGCCGCCCUGGGUGACUCGCUGACUACAGCAACAGGAGCUCAACCAAGCGGCUUCACCGACACAGCCAUCCCCUGGAGGGGAUUCUCCUGGAGCAUUGGCGGGGAUGGGGUCUUGGAGAAUCACACCACCCUGCCCAACAUUCUGAAGAAGUUCAACCCUUACCUCUUUGGGUUUUCCACCUCUACUGUGGAGGAUUCAGCAGGACUAAAUGUAGCUGUGGAAGGGGCCAGAGCUAAGGACAUGCCAGUCCAGGCCCAGAACCUGGUGACGCUAAUGAAAAACAGCCCCAAAAUCAACCUGCAGAAAGACUGGAAGCUGGUCACACUCUUCAUUGGGGGCAACGACUUGUGUCAUUACUGCGAGAAUCGGGUGACCUACCCAGCCAGGGAGUAUAUAAAGCACAUCGAAAAGGCCCUGGACAUCCUCUAUGAGAAGCUUCCAAGGGUGUUCGUCAAUGUGGUGGAGGUCAUGGAUAUGGCUGUCCUGCACCAGGGUCAGAGAGGGAACUGUGUUGUGCUGGCAACUCAGAGUGAAUGCUCUUGCCUCAAACACUCUCAAAACUCCCCAGAGAUGUUGGAACUGAAGAAAGUGAACUGGAACUUUCAGAGUGCCAUCUCCAGGUUCUCCUACUGGCGCCAGUACCUGCAGCGCGAGGACUUUGCCGUUGUCGUGCAGCCUUUCUUCCGAAACACUCUCCUCCCGCUGAAUGAGAAAGGGACUGCUGACCUCACCUUCUUCUCCAAGGACUGUUUCUACUUCUCAGAACGUGGUCAUGCCCAGAUGGCCAUUGCACUCUGGAACAACAUGCUGGAGCCAGUGGGCCGUAAGACGACCUUCAACAACUUCUCCCACAGCCGAGCCCAACUCAAGUGCCCCUCUCCGGAGAACCCCUACCUCUACACUCUGCGGAACAGUCGGCUCCUCCCGGACCAGACUCGGAAAAUCCCCAAGAUAAUCUACUGGGCUGUCCCACUGGCGGGAGGAGCUGGCCUUCUAGCUGGUGCUGUGAUCAUGGGCGUGGUUGGCAUGAGAGGCGGCUAG